AAAACACCCGACGAAGAGACCACAGGCGAGAUGUCAACAAAAAAACUCUCCCGAAAAUGCCUCUGUCAACCUGAAUAAGAACCAGCCUAAUUUUACAAUUCAUCAACAGUAACGAGCAGUAACGUUAGCUUCUUUUUAUUACAUUUAAAAAAAAGCCACACAAUGGGAACGCAUCUUUCGGGAGUAAAUGUUGUUCUUGUUAUGACCUACGGCUGCCUGGUGUUUGUGCUGCUGUUCAUUUUUAUGAAAAGGCAGAUUAUGCGCUUCGCUAUGAAGUCUCGCAGAGGACCACAUGUCCCGCUGGGUCACAAUGCACCAAAGGACCUGAGAGAAGAGAUCGAUUUGUGUUUGUCUAAAGUGAAUGACGUUCGCUAUGAACCAAGUCUGCUCUCAAAAGAUGACGACCGACUGAGGCAUCAGGGCCAAAUUGGUUGUUAUAAUUAUCUCUACAGAAUGCAAACUUUAGAUGCCAUCAGAGACUCUGAUCUUCCGGUUCUGGACAUGUCUCGCAGUGCGAGUGCUCUGACGGGCCGCCAGUACAAGAAGUGGCUGAUGGAUCUGCGAAUCUCUCACUCUCUGGUCAAGUUCAAUCAUAGUGCACUUCUGGAUCGCUUGCUGGAGGGUUAUGACAAUGCUCGACACGGCACUGGGGUGUUUGGUGAAGCAGAGUUUGUGAAGUAUAAACAAGAUCUGACUGAACUGGCUGCUCUUGUGAAGAGUCACUCCAACAGCAGCAGUCUGAACCAGCAGCACCAGUCAGCAGCCAAAGACCUGACCAGCUCUCCCGGCCCAUCGUCCACCUCCACCAUCCAGGUCACCUACCUGCCGUCCAGCGGUCAGCGCAGCAAGAGGCCCAAACACUUUCUAGAGCUCAAGAACUUCAAAGACAACUACAACACACUGGAGAGCACGCUGUAGGACACUGGGUGAGUAAAUCUUGACUGAAAAAUCAUCAUCCACACAGUGGGAGAUGCUGAAAAAA